UAGUUUCUUUUAUCACUUCGUCGAGCGACUAUCGCUUGGAGAAACGUGUUAGUAGUCGACUUCACCAACGAGUGUCAUUACGCUUCAAUAGCCGGACAUUUUCUAAAUUUCAUAAAUGGCUGAAUGGUCCGUUGCCUGCAUCUCGUGAAAAAAUAUACUGUCAAAAAUGGCGGCAAAAUUCCUAUUAUUUGCUUUUAUAAUGUGCAGUGACGUAAUCGCGUAUAAACUUACGCAAGUGCUGAUUAUAAGUAGGCAUAAUGUUCGCGCGCCUUUGACAUUGGGAUUGGAAGAAGUUACGCCAAAAAUUUGGCCGAAAUGGCGCGAAGAAAUCGGACAUUUAACUUCUAAAGGCAUGUUAUUGGAAAGUUACAUGGGCGAAUAUUUUUCCCAGUGGUUCAUGAAAGAAGGAUUGUUUAACAAAUCGUGCCCUCAAGAAGAAUCAGUGUAUAUUUACGCGAACGCCGUCCAGAGGACGAGAGAAACGGCAAGAAUUUUCAGUGAAAAUGCGUUCAAAAACUGCAAUUUGAAAGUGAAUUUUAAAGCCAACGUUACGACUGAUCCCGUUUUCCAUCCAGUGAUUUUAAAUGACAAUGAGACGUUCAAGGAUAUCGCUGUUAAUGAAAUGCAGAAAAAACUCGACGAAUUACAACUUAGAGACGCUUAUUUGAAACUAAACAAGAUUUUAAGCUUCAAUGAGUCGAAAAUUUGUAAAGAAAAAUCGUUUUGUAAUUUAGCGGAGGCUAAAGACAGGGUUCUGUUUAAAAUUGGUGAGGAACCGGACAUCUAUGGACCUUUACAUAUUGGGAACGUUGUCGUUGAUAAUUUUUUAAUGUCCUAUUAUAGUGGAAUGCCGUUAAAAAACAUUGGCUGGGGCGAGAUUCAACCGGAGAUGUGGGAAUCUUUGACGAGGAUCUCUAAAGAAAAUCAGAAUGUUCGAUUUAAUACCACCAGUUUGGGACAACAUGUUGCUAAGCCGUUACUCAAAGUAAUGCAUGAAGUUUUAACAAAUGACAAAUUAAAACUUACUUUACUAGUUGGACACGAUUCAAAUAUAAAUUCCAUAAUAGCCGCGAUUGGCUUUAAACCAUUUGAUUUGCCAAAUCAUUUCGAAAGAACGCCUGUUGGUGGAAAACUGGUAUUCCAAAAGUUGUACGAUAAAAUACUCAAUCGUUAUUUAUUAAAAAUAAACUAUGUUUAUCAAAGCACUGAACAGACUAGACAUGGGAUGAAACUGUCUUUGAAAAGUCCUCCAAAAUCAGUCCAACUUGUUUUAAAAACCUGUAGUUUAGACAAAAGUGACUUAUGUCCUUGGGACGACUUUAUCAAAAUAAUGGAAAAAUUUAAAUAAAUUGUUUAUUAUGUUC